CUCCCAUCCUUCCGCUAUCAAACUCACAUCGACGAAGCAAAAAACCCUAGAAGCCCCCCACCCUCUCUUCGCUCUGUUUCUGCUUUCUUCUGCGCCAUUGAUUUCCAUACAUAAAUUUGUGUUAAAAACAACACAUUUCCUUUUAUCUCUACCAAUUUCGUUUUCUUCUUCUGUUUCUUCUCUCGUCUUCCUUUGUUUUCAGGUUACAGCGACGAGUUGAGGCACUGGUUUCGGGGACCCAUUUUGUUUUUCUAAACUUUUUUUUUCCUUUUUUCUUUUGGGAGUUGUAAUAUUAGGAGUUUUUGUUGUGGGUUUUCUUGAAUGGCUGCUGUGAUUUUUCCCUUUUAAUCUCUAAUGGUGGGUUUUGUCUUAUGGAAUUAGGGUUACAGUUUUCCUUUCAUUUCUUCAUCUAAGGAAUUCUUGGCCUCUGUUUAUCCUUUACUGUCUGCAACGUGAAGCAAAUACUUCCGUUUGAAUUUUUAGUUUUGACUUUAGCGGGAUGUCUUCCAAAUCGAAAUAUUCUGUUCUUGAUAAUCGACCGAUUGAUCAGUGGAAGGUUGCGGAGUUGAAAGAGGAGCUUAAGAGACGGAAAUUGACCAUCAAGGGCCUGAAGGAAGAUUUGGUAAAACGGUUAGAUGAAGCACUUCGAAUUGAAAGGGAAGAAAAUGGUGAGGAAACCAAUGGUGUUGAUGAUGACCCUCCAGUUACAGAUAGUGACAAUAAUCAAGAGCAUGCGUCUAUUGUUUCUGAAACGACGAAAGAAUCAAAUGAAGACGCUAACAUGAUCGAGAAUGUAGAUGAUGUUGGAGUUCGGGUUGACAAGGAUGAUAGUAAUGCAGCUGUGGGCGAAGGUGAAGUUCAAGAUGGGGUUGGUCUUAAUGGUUCUCCUAGGGUAGAAGAGGGCUCGUCCAUCCAUGUCACUACAGUGGAAACUAAAGUUACUGUAACUGAAACUGUGAUAUCUGAAGUAGCGUUAGGUGUGGAAGGUUUGCAAAACAUGGAAAGCAAGGAUAAUGAGGAUUCAAAAGUCCAGUCGGAGAUUGAGGAAUCGAGGUCCCAGCUAGAUAGUGAGGAUUCAAAGCACCAGCUGGAUAGUGAGGAAUCAAAGCCCCAACUGGUUAGUGAGGAUUCAAAGCCCCAGCUUGAUAGUGAGGAUUCAAAGCCCCAGCUUGAUAGUGAGGAUUCAAAGCCCCAGCUGGAUAAUGAGGAUUCAAAGUCCCAGCUGGAUGAUGUAAAUAUGGAGCUCCAGGUGGAGAAUGAGAAUUUGAAGUCUCAACAGGCAGAUCUCAUGCACGACUCUUCUGCUCCAGACGACCAGGUAUCUGAGGUCAGCCCUGUUUUAGGGUCUCAAGUAAGAACUGAUUCUAUUUCUACUGAUUCUGUGACAAUUAAUGAAAUGAUUGAACUAAAGGAAAAUAUAUCUGCUGACCAUGUAAAAUUAGAACUAGAUGUUAAGCAGGAGAUGGUGGAACCAUCAUCCAGCAUUAUUGUCCCAGAUGCUGGCGAAUCACAUCCGAUGGAUGUUGAAGAGCCGCCUGUGAACAAGAAUGUUGAAGAGUCACUUGCAAACAGAGAUGUUGUGGAGUCACCUGAGAACAAAGAUGUUGUAGAGCCUAUUGUGAAAGAUGUUGAGGAGAAACAUGGUGUUAAGGACAUAAUUUCUGAGCUUCAUGAGAAGCAUGAUGGUGAAGAUGUGGGGUUCUCUGAAAAGCUUAAUUUAGAUAGAAGUUCUGGGGAUGAUUCAAUAGAAGAUGCAAUAGAGAAUAAGACUGAUUCAGGAUAUAAUCCUGAAGAAAUGGGAGAUAAGAAUGUAAAAAAUGAGGGCCUUAUAUCCAAAGAGGAAAAGGUUGCAGACAUAGCAGUGCGAGGCUCAUCUGCAGACAAAAAGAAUAUUGAUAUAGAGAAUGACGUUUCAUCUUUGCCUGCUGAAAAAAGAAGGCUUCAUGAUCAAGCAGUGGUUGGAAAUGAGUCCGUAAAGAGACAGCGGAGGUGGAAUUCUGAAAACCUCAAAAUUCCAGAGCCCCAAAAUGCUGCUCAUACGUCCACUAGUAAUUCAAAGGACAUUCAUCAAUCCACUGCUCCGAAACGCAACUUCUCUAGAUCUGACUCCACAGCUAGUGAAGAUCCAUCAAAGGAACGUGUUGUUCCACCAUCACCGAAACCUCCCACAAAUUCACUAAGAAUUGAUCGUUUUCUGCGUCCAUUUACCCUCAAAGCUGUGCAAGAACUUUUGGGCAAGACUGGCAAUGUCACAAGUUUCUGGAUGGAUCACAUCAAGACACAUUGCUACGUAACUUACUCAUCAGUGGAAGAAGCCAUGAAGACUAGAGAUGCUGUUUACAACCUCCAAUGGCCACCAAAUGGUGGGCGUCUUCUUAUGGCCGAGUUUGUUGAUCCUCAAGAAGUAAAAAAUCGAGUAGAAGCUCCACAGACUCCUACACCUGCGGCGGUUGCUCCACCAGUCUCUAAUGUGCUCCCACCCGUGCAACCUGAGCCUUCACCUCGUCAACCAAGGCAGCAACAUGCUCCGCCACCUUCUCUUCCACCACCCCCACCCACAAACAACCUUGCUCAAGCAAGGGAGCAGCUACCACUCCCACCUCCACCUGCACUUCCUGAUAAAGUCGACACUCCUAUUGUCACCUUAGAUGACCUCUUCAGGAAAACAAAAGCUACUCCUCGCAUCUACUAUUUACCUUUAUCAGACGAACAGGUGCAGGUAAAACAAACAGCAGCAGCAAGGGGAAAAGACACUAAGCAGUAAGUCGAGACAAUGCCGGGCUUAGGUGUUGUAUCCUUGCUGCUGCUUGAUGUGCCCUGUGGAUUCCUUAGUGAGUUUAGAUUUUGGAAAGGUAAAAGGCAUAGAGUGGCAUGUUUUGAAUGUCUUGAGUGCUUGCAGGGAGGAAUUUAUCUCUGUAGAGCUGACAUUGGAGGGUUUUGGAAUAGAACCGGAUCGGUAGGUGUAUUUUUUUUUCUUGCAUAUUAAUUAGGAUAUUGAGAUUGACUUCUAAGAAAAGGAUUACUUUGUAUUUGGUUAUGUAAUCAUGUUUCUGUCGGAACAAAAGAACCUAUGAUGAGUUAGAUUUGUAGUAUCAUAUGAUGCCUUCCUGAAAAUUUCAUGACGCUAACCUCUUUGGAUCAGAUUCA